CCGAGUUCGAAUCCCGGCAACUGUGAUAAGGGGUUACUAUGCUAAAAAUGCAUAGGGGCUCUGCAAAUACCGGGGACAAAACCACACGCUCUAUCUGUCAGAUUGAGAUUAUAGUCCAAUUUACGUCCUUUUUUGAUCUAGAAUAAAAUACCGAGUAUUCCGGAUAAUAGUACACUCAUCAGUGAUACAAACCGAUAUGGCAACAUCGGACUGAGUUUAGUGCACCGACGAAAUGUGUUUCUGUUCUUGUUGUGGGCCCCUCAACCCAAAAGACACGCGUGCUGACUUCUGAUUGGGUGGAAUAUUGAAACCCCAUAACGUGGUUUACAUCUACGCAAACGCGUUCCCAUCGAAAGGGGAUACUAGGGAAGCAAAAUCAAGAACCCCUCUGGAAGUAAAUCAUCAGUGUACUCCGCAUCUAGGAUUGUUUGCGUCUGCCAAAAGGACUGUGAAAGCGCGAGCUUGAUGUUGAUGAUCGACAUGAGAUUUUGAGCAAUAUUCACUUCUCCUUUUAUUCACUGAUCUCCUUUUCUUGGCCCCUGAACAAUCAUUAUUGAUUGAAGAAAAGUGAAGCUUGAAGACGCGGGAAGGAGGAGAGCUUUUCCUCGAUCCGUUCACGCCACUGGAUUAAAAUGGCAAGCAAAUCAGCAUUGGCGGAUAAUCGGACUAGAAGAUCCGUGUCAAUAUUCAUUGUUGCUGGUCUAUGUUGUUUCUUCUAUUUACUAGGGGUGUGGCAAAGAAGUGGGUUUGGUAAGGGAGAUAGCAUAGCCCAGGAGGUGACCAGGUCCACCACUGACUGCAAUGCAUUGACGAACCUCAACUUUGAGACCCAUCACGAAGGUCAACCAGGAAGUGUUGAUGACUCAAAGCCUAAGGAAGAAAUCAAACCUUGUCAUCCUCGUUACACUGAUUACACCCCAUGUCAAGAUCAAAAUCGUGCCAUGACUUUCCCAAGGGAAAACAUGAUAUACCGAGAAAGGCAUUGCCCUCCCCAAGAAGAGAAGCUGCACUGUCUUAUUCCUGCACCUGAAGGGUACGUGACCCCGUUUCCGUGGCCAAAGAGUCGUGACUAUGUUCCUUAUGCCAACGCACCUUACAAGAGCUUGACUGUUGAAAAGGCAAUUCAAAACUGGAUUCAGUACGAGGGGAAUGUGUUUCGAUUCCCGGGAGGUGGGACCCAGUUCCCUCAAGGAGCUGAUAAGUAUAUCGAUCAGCUUGCUUCAGUUAUCCCGAUUGAGAAUGGUACUGUUCGGACUGCAUUGGACACUGGUUGUGGGGUUGCAAGUUGGGGUGCCUAUCUCUGGAAGAAAAAUGUUAUAGCAAUGUCAUUUGCCCCUAGAGACUCACACGAGGCUCAAGUUCAGUUUGCCCUUGAAAGGGGUGUCCCGGCUGUAAUUGGUGUGCUUGGGACCAUCAAGAUGCCAUACCCCUCCCGUGCAUUUGAUAUGGCUCAUUGUUCUCGUUGUCUGAUUCCAUGGGGAGCUGCUGAUGGAAUAUUAAUGAUGGAAGUUGAUAGAGUUCUUAGACCUGGAGGCUACUGGGUGCUUUCUGGGCCUCCUAUCAACUGGAAGGCUAACUACAGAGCUUGGCAACGCCCUAAAGAUGAACUUCAAGAAGAACAGAGGAAAAUUGAAGAGGUUGCUAAACUUCUAUGCUGGGAGAAGAAGUCUGAAAAGGGUGAAAUUGCAGUUUGGCAGAAGAGGAUGGAUGCAGAAUCGUGCCGUGCAUCACAAGAGGAUUUGACAGCUACUUUUUGUAAAUCUACAAAUCCGGAUGAUGUGUGGUACAAGAAGAUGGAGACAUGCAUUACUCCAUCACCUGAUGCUAACAUAGACGAGAAGCUGAAGCCAUUCCCUGAGAGACUGAAUUCAGUUCCCCCAAGAAUCGCUAGUGGACUGGUUUCAGGUGUGUCAGUAGAGGAAUAUAAAGAAGACAACAGAAGGUGGAAGAAACAUGUGAGUGCGUACAAAAGAAUAAACAAAAUCCUAGAUUCAGGAAGGUAUCGCAAUAUAAUGGAUAUGAAUGCUGGAUUGGGAGGAUUUGGUGCAGAGCUUACAUCUCCCAAGAUGUGGGUUAUGAAUGUCGUGCCCACUAUAGCCGAGAAAAACACUUUGGGUGUUAUAUAUGAACGUGGAAUGAUUGGUAUCUACCAUGACUGGUGCGAAGCCUUCUCCACGUAUCCGAGGACUUACGAUCUCAUUCAUGCGAAUGGAGUCUUCAGCUUAUACAAAGAUGUGUGUGAUUUUGAAGACAUUCUGUUGGAGAUGGACAGGAUUGUACGUCCAGAAGGGGCAGUUAUUAUCAGGGACGAAGUAGAUGUUCUGGUAAAAGUGAAGAAGAUAAUCGGCGGCAUGCGGUGGGACUUUAAAUUGGUAGACCACGAAGACGGUCCUCUCGUUCCUGAGAAAAUACUAGUUGCAGUCAAACAGUAUUGGACCGUGGCUGAGAGCAACACUACGUCCACACGAAGACAAUGAGGAUUCCAAAUAUAUCUUUUUAAUUAUGAAUGCAAGUUCAUAUGAGAAUACAACAUUCAUUUCCACAGCAGGAUUUAUGCUCCAGAAGAGAUUCUGACUAUCAGGAGUAGGCUCUGUGCUCUUUUUAAUCACCGAUGAAGUUAGUUUUGUAACAUUAUUGUUAUUUUUUACUAUUAUUAUAUGUUCUCUUUUUCGUUCAUGUCAAACAAUGCAUGAUAAAAGAUUUUAGCAUUGUUUCAAAAACAGAAUAUUUGAUUCUGCUAUUUUCUUUACUAAAAAGAUUGUCCCAAUCUUGAGGAGCCCACCACCCUUAAAAGUCGUAGGGAGGAGAUAAAUCAGAGAGCAAUGUUAGUGAAUCUGUCCAAUGUUUGUACUCACCCUCUUAUGCUCACCUUUGUGUGAGGCUUAUUUUUGUUAAUGAAUAGGAUUCACGG